UGGGGGUCGGCUUUUGGAAAAUCCGACUUCACGUACCGGAAACUAUAAUACGUUGCAGACUUGACCUCGUUGGAAGUUCGUUAUGCUGUUGAUUAGAAAGACGGAAUAAGGUUGUUCGGUAUUGAGAUGUUAGACAACAUGUGUGAGAACUGGAGUAUGUUGGCGGAAAUCUUCCUCUUUCUAGAAGGUUUCAGUGAUGAGAUGGAACGGAUCCAGUGUUUCUGCAGCAGAGCCUACGUACAUGAUCGGAAACUUUAUCGGAUGGGAUUAACGAGGACGUGUUAUGACUGUGAAGAUAGUGGAGAUAUCCAAGAAGAAGAAGACAAGAGUGAAGAAGACUUGAAUGUUGAUGAACUGACUGUUAAUACUGUACAAGCUCAGGAAGAAAGUGGAAUGGAUAGUGAGGCAGAACUGAUGGCCAAAAUGGGGUUACCGCUGCAGUUUGGAAGGCCUUCAACCCAUAGGCAACCAGUGAUAUUCAUUGUUUCAAAGAAAAGUGCCAAAAAGAGAAAAUCAACUUGUAAGCGCACAGAGGAUCAGACUGAAGUUUGUGAAGGAUAUCCUGAAGAGUUUUUAAAUGGCAUUUCUGAUGUCAUUGACUUGAAGUGGACUGAUUACAAAACAGAUUUUGAAGUAGAAAAUGCUGGUGUUGAUCAUUCAAGUGAUGGAACAGCGGCUUCUGAACUCGAAUCCAAAACAGAGUGGGAUAAAUAUUGGAAUCAGUAUGGUGAGGGUAUUCUUUGGGAAAAUUGGUUGCGCAAGCACCCUGAGUGGCCAGAAGACUCAUGUGCACCUUGGAACUCUCUUGACACCCAGGAUCAGUGGCAACAGUUUUAUGCUGAUCAGUAUUGGCUAUAUUAUGAGCAGUUUCAGUAUUGGGUAGAUCAAGGAUGGUCUGUGGAUUGUACUGAAGAAAGUGAACUUGGAAAAGAUCUGUCUUGCACAAAUGCAGAUGAAAUGGAAGACUCUUUCGUUAAUACUGCAAAUAAUUCUCAAGAACAUUUCAAGACUCUGAUGCCAGCAGAAUUGACCAGUGCAUCAUGUGGAGAAAAUUUUGAGUGUAAUGAAGUUGGUUAUGGAGAAGUUGUCAGUUUGAUCAAUAAGAUAAGACUCAAUUCAGAAAAUGAGACCAAGCAAUCAACUGGUGUGAAUAGCUAUAUCUGCUGGAGCUCUGAUGCUGCAAUUUCAUGUGCGUGUGCUGCUGGUGAGAAAGAGCCGUGUAAUGGAACCAAGAGCAAACGAUCUGCAUCUGGUGGAAGAAUCUCCACAUUUAAUUCAGAUCCUCGUAAAACUUCCAACAAAGCUUUAAAAACUAAUAUUACAGCAGGAACGAGCCAUACCAGUGAAGAUGAAGGUGAUCCAACUGAACCUAAACCAGUAAAGAUGAAAAGAAGUCAUGAACUUGAUGCUGAAGAGAAUCCAGUUGUGGCAUUGGAAGAUGCUUACUUAGCUCUUGGCUUCAAGUGCCAGCCCAGUAAACGCAUUUCAAAAUUUGGGCAUGCACGGUACCGUAAAUUCACUGAAUUGACGUCCAGACACCUUGAUUUGCAUCAGCCACCAGCUACCAAAAAUAAACACACAUUCUUCAGUGAAGAAGGAGACCUUAUGAGAUUCAAGAAGAGCAGAACCUUAGAAAAGGUGCAAAGAUUUUUAAAUCAAGUGCCUUCAAAUGACCCUCUGUCAACUAACACAGAGACUCCACCUAGUGUGGUACACAUCUCUGAGGAAUGCGGCAGUUCCAAGGAGUACCACAGUUCUAAAGCAGAGAGUUGCAUUGUAUGUGAGAAAAGCAACAGGGGAAAUGGAGAUGAUGGAACUUGUGCUGAUGGAAAAUUCUUAACUCGUGUCAGUGUCCCCACCAAAUUGAAUAAUUGCAGUCAAGGCAACAAUGAACAGCUUCUUGAAAAGUAUGAUAUGACGGCUGCUUCUGCCAAAGAUUUUGAACCACAUUCUGACAGACAGCUGGUUCCUAUGGAUAUUCCAGACUUCCUUCUUCCUGAUGCUGAUGUAACUGAUAGGGAUGAUGAAUUGCAAACCAUAAAGAAUAUUAGAAAGGACAAAAAAAGAACUAAGAAGAAGAAGAAAGUUAUUGAUAUUCCCUUUGACAUAGUAGCAGUUCCAGAAUUGACCAAAUACUGGGCCCAGCGUUAUAGACUGUUUUCACGCUUUGAUGAGGGAAUUAAACUUGAUCAGGAAAGCUGGUUUUCGGUCACUCCUGAGAAGAUUGCUGAGCACAUUGCCAGUCGUGUCAUGCAGUGUUCUCAUUGUGAUAUCAUUGUUGAUGCAUUUUGUGGAGUUGGAGGCAAUUCAAUUCAGUUUGCAUUAGCUGGAAAAAGAGUGAUUGCUGUUGAUAUUGAUCCUGUGAAAAUAGAUCUUGCACAAAACAAUGCUAGAGUCUAUGGAGUGUCUGAACAAAUUGAAUUUAUCCUUGGCGAUUUCAUGCUGCUGGCUUCUGACCUAAAGGCUGAUGCUGUGUUCCUCAGCCCUCCAUGGGGAGGCCCUGAUUAUGUCCAUGCAAAAAUCUUUGACCUGAAGACUAUGAUGUCUCUUGAUGGAUAUCCUUCAAACCUUGUGUUCAGCGUUUUAAAAUAUAUCUUUAUAGUAGAAUAAUUAAGUCUGUUAAUACUUAGAUUGAAUUUUUUUGAAUGGCUGUCAAUUUUGAUUAGCAUUAUAAGUUGUAAUGCUAUAACAAAACAAUUGAUCAUCAAGAACGUGCAGGAAAUGAAAAGCUAGAAACUUGCCAUUUUUGAGUAUAAACUACAGUUCAACCCCAUUUCAACACCGUUUCACUUUAACACGGACAGUUUAUGGUGGUCUACAUUUUUGUUUAGCAUUGUAGAAUUCAUUUUAAAGUUAUUUCUCACCGAUCUGACAUGGGGCUCUGAAACCUGAUUGGCGCCAUUAUGGGGCACUUGUUUUGCUGCGGAAACUCCUGGCUCAUGGCUUCUGCUGCUACCUGACUCCUCCUGUGUAUGUUUGUUCACAUCAAAUCUGCCCUGCUUGCAUGUUUAUUGCUUCCAUCUCUCUCACAAACCUGCCUUCCCUUAAAGAAAGUCCUAAUUACAGACCUGGAUAACAUCAGAGCUCCAUCAUUGGAUCUGUGCAAAUGCACUUUCCAAUGUUGCACAUGUCAUGAAUUGGAAUAACUGGUUGUUUUCGUUGUGCACAAUAGUGUGUGAAACCAGGAAUAAGUUUACUUUUGCUCCUUGCCACUGUCUGCUGUACACAUUUCCAUAAUUACUGCAUUCUUGUCCCCAGAGUCCUGGUGUUACCACAGAUACUGAUUUCCCGAUUAACGUCUCAAAAACCCAUUAGAUGUGUGCAGGCCACCUUAGGAACAAAGGUGAAGGCCCUUCGAACCUACUCCGCAAUUCACUAAGAUCCUGGCUGUUUUGGUUGUGGACUCAGCUCCACUUAUCCUGACUGCUUACUGAAACUAUUGAUUCUCUUUAAUAUCAAAAUAUUAAUGUGAGUCAGCUUUUCAUAAAUUUAAAGAUACAUCCUCCCCUACCUUCUGCUUAAGAGAAUUCCACAUUCUGAUGACCCUCUGAGAGAAAACAAAGUCUCUUUAUUUCUAGUCAAAGAGGGAGACCUCUUUGUUAACAUACAUCCCCUGGUUUUAAUUUCCCCCGGGGAAUCGUCCUCAAGGUGUCCCUUCUACCCAGUAGCCUUCUACAUCUUGUAUAUUUCAAAAAGACCACCUCUCAGUCCAAACGCCAAUGUAUGUAAGCCUAACUUAUUUAAACUUUCUUCAUAAUAUUAAGCCUUUCAUCCCAGAAAUAAGUUGAGCAAUCUUUCUCUAAACUGCUUCUAAAGCAAUUAUAGCAUUUUUUUCUCCAGAUAUUGUGACCAAAACACCAGAUGUGAUCUCACCAACAUCCUGCUGUAUAACCUUGUUACUCUUACAAUCCAUUUUUCUUCCAAUAAAUGGCGACUUUCUAAUCUGCAUGCUGUACUUGCGCACCAACUUUGUGAUUCUUGUACCAGGACCCCAAGAUCUCUCCAUUUAAACAGUAUACUGCUUUUCUGUUCUUCCUGCCAAAAUAUUUAUCCGCACUUUACUCCAUCUGCCAAUUGUUUCAACUCCCUCGACUUGUCCAUAUCCUUUUGUAUUUCUACCUCCCUGUUGAUGACUUGCAUUUCAAACACUCUACUUCCUCUUGACAAGCUACUUUGGUGUCAUUGGAAAAUGUAGCUUCCAUUUAUUUGUCACCCUCAUCCAAAUCAUUGAUAGAUAUUGGAAAUACUCGAGAACCCAGCACUACUGGCCACUUCACUCGUUAAAACAAAUCUGUUUAUCACCACUGUCUGCUGUGUGUUAGCUGGACAAUAUUUGUGGUGAUUUGUUAACCCUACACCAUGUGCUCUUUCUUUUGUAUGACAAUUUUUAUAGCAUCUUAUCAAAUGUCUUUUUGGAAAUCCAAGUAUGCUACAUUUACUGGAUCUCCUCAAUCCACUAUGGUUGUUACUUUGGCAAAAUAAAACUGUCAUUAAACAUGUUUAGGCAGUCAGGCUAGAUGGUGGAAAUUGAAAUUUGGGCUGCAGUUCAGUGACAGGAGAUGUGACUGCAAGUGAAGCAGGCAUGGUAAUCCAAUGGAAGUUGUGUUCAAGGAGCCCAGGCUCUUGCAAUUAUCCAAUCGUCAGAAAAUAGUUGUUAAAAUCCAUUUUAAAAAUCCAAGAAUAAUAAAACUUAAGUUUGGAUGAAUAGCUAAACCAAUUGCUGUCCUUUUCCUUUUUAGUGGCCGAUUAGUUUAUCACUAAGGCAAAUGGCAGAAAUUUGUAUGCUCCAAUUGUGGUUCGCCUAAAGUUAAUUGAUGUUGGCUAGUGAAGUAUUGCAGCUGCUGCAAUCACAUUCAGUUUGAAGGAUCUAGUGACCCAGUAUUUAUAAAGAAAUAUCUGAGGUGCUGUUUUGCCUUCAGAGCUAAGAGAACAGAUUUCCUCAAAUCCUGCUGAAUUUAAGAUGUUUCAUCUUAAUAUCCUGACCACAACCUGACAAAUGGAAAGGGUCACUGGUUUAUAGGCUUUUGAAACCCAGCAAUAGUAGUAAAGUAAUACAAGUAGAGGAUGCAGGACUCAGACACUGUAAAGUUCUGGUGGAAGGAAGGGACCAUAUGUAGAAGGAGAUCAGAAGCGAGAAGAUUAUGGCCUUUACUCAACUGUUUGAAAUAAGCCUGUGGUAUUUUUCAGCUCACCUUAAAGGCAGAUUAGGCAUUGGUUUAACAUCUCAUCUAAAGGACAGUGCCUCUGGCUGUGCAGCCCCCUCUCAGUGCUGCAGUGCAAUGUCAGUCAUGCUCAAUUCCUGGAACGGAGACUUGAGCCAAUAAUUUUCAGACUGGCAGGUGAUUGUUACCUCAGAACCAUGGCUGACACUUGCCUCCUGAGAAGACAUCAGGAGUACUGUGUACAGUAUCGAUUUCCUUAAUUAAGUAGGCUGUAAAUGCAUUUGAAGUAUAUCAGAAAAGAUUUAUUUAUCUAAUAUCUGGAAUGUACAGGUUAUCUUAUGAGGAAAGAUAGGAUAAGCUAGCACUAGGACAGGUCACUGGAAAUUAUAAAAUCAGUGCAAUGUAUGAUUCUGGAGGACCUUGCCAAGGGAAUAUGCAAAGGAAAUUUCACCAAUGGGAGAAACCAGAACUGCAGGAUACUAUUUUAAAAAGGUGUCACCAUAUAAGUUGGAGAUUCUCAGAAAAAAGCUGAGAAAAAGAGUGGAAGCAGAGUCUGAAUAUAUUUAAGACAAAGGUAAAUAGCUUCAUGAGAAACAAAUAUAAUGAAUCGUUCUGGAUGUGAGUUUGCUCACUGAGCUG